AUGGAGCACCCUCGCCACCGAUCCUCCGCGAUACGACUAGGCAGCCUGUUGGCCUUUUUGGCGCUAAACGGCCCUUUCGUCAGCGGAGCUCUUCGAUAUCAACCCUUGGAAGUCUAUCCCAAUGGAGAUGAAUGCGCCCUACUGUUGGACGGUUCUGGGAGGACCAGCGUCCUCGAUUACACUUACAACUUACUCCGGGGUACCUUCACCCCGACCUCUGGUACGCACACGUGCAUCACCUACGACGCCGUCAACCACGCGUACUUGGAGGCGAGGAAACGCAUCGAGGUCGCCAGACCGAAGUCGGAGAUUUGGAAGCCGGAGGAACUCGCGACGGUGGGAGAGCUGCUCCUCGACAUUUCCGUCAACCUGGCCCAUACGUACGGGCUAACUUACGAGGAGAUCGAAAAGAGCUUACCGCUGAUCGACACGUCGAAGACUCUCAUUCGCGAAGUGUGUCCCGCUUUUCUCAGUAACGUGGAGUGCCGACCAGGGAAAUAUCGUCGCUACGACGGUCUCUGCACGAAUUUGGAAAAUCCUACUUGGGGCUCGACUUUGUCGCCGUUCACGAGAUUGUUGCCGCCACGAUUUGCGGACGGAAUGAACGCACCCAGGAUUUCCGUGACGGGCCAUGACUUACCUCUGUCGCGCAUCGUUUCUCGGACUAUGCAUCCGGACGAGGGCUAUCAUGACCACGCGGGCACGGUCAUGGUGAUCGCUUGGGGACAGUUCAUGGAUCAUGAUUACACCUUGACCGGUACACCAUUGGACCCCCUGAAUCGCAACGAUCCGGAGGAAUGUUGCGGCCGUCCACCCCAUUUGAAGAACCCUUAUUGCAACGAGAUUUUAAUACCCGAGGACGAUUACUUCUAUCGGCUGUUCAGCCUGAAAUGUAUGGACUUCGUCAGGGCAUUCCCGGCUGUACGACCAGGGUGUCGAUUGGGGUCCAGAGUGCCUUUCAAUCUGCUAACCGGAGUGCUGGACGGCAACACCGUUUACGGAAUUACCGAACACUUCGCCAGGAAACUGCGAACCGGGUACGGAGGACUCCUUCGUAUGAAUCCAGUUUUCGCGGAAUAUGGCCUAAAGGAUCUGCUUCCUCUGAAAUUGGACAUCCCCGACGAAGGUUGCACCCGACCGAAUCGCUCCAUGUACUGUUUCGAAGCCGGGGAAAUAAGAGUGAACGAGCAAUUGGUGCUGACGUGCAUGCACACGCUGUUGGCUCGGGAACAUAAUCGAGCCGCCAAGGCGUUGGCCCUUGUCAAUCCACAUUGGGAUGACGAGACUUUAUUCCAGGAGGCAAGGCGCAUAGUCAUCGCACAAAUUCAGCACGUCACCUACAACGAGUUUCUUCCUAUUUUGUUGGGAAAAGACGUUAUGGAGAAAUUUGGAUUGCUCUUGGAAAAGAACGGUUACUGGGACGGGUACGAUGCCAGUGUUAAUCCAGGUGUCAUCGAUGCCUUCGCUUCGGCAGCUUUCAGAUUCGGCCAUUCUUUAUUGCCCACCGCCGUCGAAAGGUGGAGCAAAGCGCACAAAUUUAUCGCAUCCAAAAGGCUGUCGGAUCUGAUCAGAAGGCCCUACGAUCUUUACCGAGCAGGAGUUUUCGAUGAAUAUUUCAUGGGUCUCAUGAACCAAGUCGCGCAGGCCAUGGACGACUCCAUCACUCAGGAAGUAACCAACCAUUUGUUCAAAAAAGUAGGUGCCAAAUUCGGCAUGGAUCUUGUGUCUUUCAACAUGCAGAGAGGCCGAGAGUUCGGCAUCCCCAGUUAUAUGGAAUUCAGGAAGUACUGUGGCCUUCCGGGAGCGGAUAGCUUCGAGGAACUCUUCGGUUCCAUGCCUAAUGAAACCAUCAGGCGUUACAGCUCCAUUUUUGAACAUCCUGCUGACGUCGAUUUGUGGUCCGGCGGUGUGUCCGAGAGACCGCUACCCGGAAGCAUGCUGGGACCAACCUUUGCUUGCGUUAUCGCCACCCAAUUUAGCUACUCGCGUCGUGGUGAUCGAUUCUGGUAUGAACUUCCAAACCAGCCGUCGUCCUUUACCCCCGAGCAACUGACCGAAAUUCGCAAAACGCGACUCGCAAGGCUAAUCUGCGACAACACCGAUCUGAUCGAUACGAUACAACUUUAUCCAAUGGUCUUGCCGGACCAUGAGAUAAAUCCCCGUGUGCCAUGUCGCAGCGGAGUCAUCCCUGGCAUCGACUUUAGCAAAUGGGCCGAAUUUCCAGCAACCGGUCAAGCCGCGCAAUACGUGAGUAACCUUGCCGGCCAGUACGGGCAUUUGGUCAACGUAAUGCUUUUCGCUGUUGUACAUGCCGACGAUCGAGGGCCUUUGAAACAAUGCAGAGAAGUAUCAUUUGUACAGGAGCACUACGAUUCAUUUGGUAUCGGGGUAUCGAACUGGAGCUCCGCGAAAACGGUGUCACACCCUGAAGCCUCGAUGACUUUGAUCGAGACGGUUCCUCGACAAAUCGAACCACAAGAGGCAAAGGUGAUGACCACGAUUUCGAUCGAAAAACCCACGUCGACGGCUUCCCCAGACGGAGACGUUCUCGCCGAGGACGGUACGUUGAGGAAAAAACAACGGGAGAAGUUGAAAAAAUUCAACGUCCCGAAGUACGGAACCCUGGCCAAUUUCUGGAAGAACAAGCUAUCCCGGAACGGAGUCGAGCCGAAAUUUAACCAGAAGAAGAAAAUCGACGUCGAGAUUUCUUCGGCACCUUCCGAAACUCCUGUAAUCGCUUCGACGAAGGACGACGCGGCAAGAGGUAAACGUUACACCGUAAAUAUCCUGCUGGAUAACCUGAUGAACAUUACGACGGUCGUGGAGAACGUUCGAGCUAGGAGGAAGAGAAGCGUCGAAAGAGAAGAACCGCGCGGGAAGGACGGACGGAACGGUCGGGAAUAUCGCUCGAGGGGAAGAAGAACGAAGAGAGCUCCGAUCACCGUCAGUCCAGACGGCAUCGAUCCUUUAAGCACCCUUGCUCCCUCGUUCCAAAAGCGAUACGGUGGAAGCAGAUUGCCCAAACGUUCCUCUCCCACCGUGGAAGAGCGCAGAAGCUCCGAAUUGGCCAACGAGUCGGUCGAGGAAGAGGAGAGCGAGGAAGGACGCGACGAGUACGACUUCUCCGAACCGCGAAAAGAGAAACGGAAACUCGAGAAAAUAGUAGUGACCCAAAGAACGCCUUCCGAUGGAAGCAGCGAGUACAAGGACAACGAGUCCUCGAAGGAAGAGGUUUCUCAUCCGAGAUCCGCCCCGAGCAAGUCGAAAUAUUUCGGCUCGACAAAGCCGGGGAAGAAUUUCUCUCCCAUUUACACGUACCUUCCAACGCGUACCACGCAAGUGGACGAAUCGGAUUCCAGCAAGCCGGAAGUCGAGAAGGAGGAAAAGCCGACCCCUUAUGUCGACCCCGAAGAUGAUAAACGGAUCGCGAAAGGGACCGAGGCACCUCGGCCAGUCGACGGAUAUCCCCCGGAUAUUCCCGCCUACGAUCCCGAUAUCAUACCUUACGUGGAAGUGCCGGAUUAUUCGGACGAGAGGGAGGAGAGCCUGGACAAGAACGAUCGGGUGGAUCCCGCGGAACUUCGGGAUUACCGAGACGAGGCGGCGACCGAACCCAAAGUCGAGGGCAAGUAUCGUGGAAGCGACACUAGGGUUUACCAAGAUGGUCGGAACGUCGACGACGACGAUCGAAAGGAGGCAACGAGCGAAGAGAACGGGGCCAGGCGUCCCGAGGGAACCAAGGAAGAUCCUGAAAGUGGCGAGCGGAAGCAGGGAGAACGGUCGGAACGGCAGGACGUCCACGCCACCCAGGAGCCCGUCGUCGAAUUCGAGCCUAUACAUUUCGACAUCAACGAGUACAAGAAGCCGUUCGAUUUCGAGGAGUUCUUCAAGGAGAGUAGGUUGUUCAAGAGCAAGGUCGGGAAAGACGCGAAGGCUCACGAGAGCGAGAAAAAAAUCCAGGCCCGAGAAGAGUCCGAAUCGUCCCGGAAGACGAAGCCGAAGUACCUCGGCUCUUCGACCCUGGAGACGCACCACAGUACCUCCGUACCCGAAUACUUCGAGAAAGAGUACGCGCACGUUUCCGACAACGCGAGCAGCCUCGAAGAGGCCUCUUCCGAGGACCGUUCCGAAAAGGAUAAGGACGGAAAGGAGCUGACCGUCAUUUCCGAGAGGGAGUUCCGAUACGGAGAUCGAGACUUCUUCAAGCCCUUUUUCGAAGACGACGGAAAGGUCGAGCAACGGAGGGAAUCCAAGAUAAUUGAACAGGAGGAGGACACUUUUGCUCGAUUAGGCGACGAAAUUACCCGGAAAUUGAAGGAGACCUCGGGAACGGGGAAAAACGAUUCGGAAGGGAAAAUGGACGACACCGUCAGCGUGGAAACUUUGUCGACGAUGCUAGGAAAAAGGAACUACACGGGGAAAAGGAACGUCGAUCCAAAAAUCGGAUCUCGGAAGGUCGAGGAGACGGUCCCGCUAAAAUACAAUAAUUUUUGGGCCUUUGAGUACAGCUACCCGGGAAAGAAGAAGCAGGACACCUAA